GUGCACUCAAGUGCUUGAAUUUUGUUGCGUUGUGUAGCUCCAGGGGAAGACUGGCAAUGAAGAGAAGCUAUGAAGGGAACAUCUGCAUAGAAGGCAGACACAGGAUUCCAGCGACGAUGUCUAAGCACCACGAUGUGGGGACCGCUUUCAUCCAGACCCAGCAGCUGCACGCCGCCAUGGCAGACACCUUCCUGGAGCACAUGUGCCGCUUGGACAUAGACUCAGAGCCAACCAUUGCGAGAAACACUGGCAUCAUCUGUACCAUCGGCCCAGCCUCCCGCUCGGUGGAGAAGCUGAAGGAAAUGAUUAAAUCUGGAAUGAAUGUUGCCCGCCUCAACUUCUCUCACGGCACCCACGAGUAUCAUGAGGGCACAAUCAAGAAUGUGCGAGAAGCUACAGAGAGCUUUGCCUCUGAUCCCAUCACCUACAGGCCUGUGGCUAUUGCACUGGAUACCAAGGGACCUGAAAUCAGAACUGGACUCAUUAAGGGAAGUGGCACAGCGGAAGUGGAGCUGAAGAAGGGUGCAUCGCUCAAAGUCACCCUGGAUGAUGCUUUCAUGGAGAGCUGCGAUGAGAAUGUGCUGUGGGUGGACUACAAGAAUCUCAUCAAGGUUGUAGAUGUUGGCAGCAAAAUCUAUGUGGAUGACGGUCUAAUUUCCUUGCUGGUUAAGGAGAAAGGCAAGGACUGUGUCAUGACUGAGGUCGAGAACGGUGGCAUGCUUGGCAGCAAGAAGGGAGUGAACCUGCCUGGCGCCGCUGUCGACCUGCCUGCGGUCUCUGAAAAGGACAUUCAGGACCUAAAAUUUGGUGUGGAGCAGAAUGUGGAUAUGGUGUUUGCUUCCUUCAUCCGCAAAGCUGCUGAUGUCCAUGCUGUCAGGAAGGUGCUAGGGGAAAAGGGGAAGAACAUCAAGAUCAUCAGCAAGAUCGAGAACCACGAGGGUGUGCGCAGGUUUGAUGAGAUCAUGGAGGCCAGCGAUGGCAUUAUGGUGGCCCGCGGUGACCUGGGAAUCGAGAUCCCUGCGGAAAAAGUCUUCCUCGCUCAGAAGAUGAUGAUUGGGCGCUGCAAUAGGGCUGGCAAACCCAUCAUCUGUGCCACUCAGAUGCUGGAAAGCAUGAUCAAGAAGCCUCGCCCGACCCGUGCCGAGGGCAGCGAUGUUGCUAAUGCCGUCCUGGAUGGAGCAGACUGCAUCAUGCUCUCUGGAGAGACUGCCAAGGGAGACUACCCGCUGGAGGCUGUGCGCAUGCAGCACGCUAUCGCUCGUGAGGCUGAGGCCGCAAUGUUUCAUCGUCAGCUGUUCGAAGAGAUUUUCCGCCUCAGUGUUAACAACAGGGACCCUGCCGAUGCCAUGGCAGUUGGCGCAGUGGAGGCUUCUUUUAAGUGCUUAGCUGCAGCCCUGAUAGUUCUGACUGAGUCUGGCAGGUCAGCGCACCUGGUAUCCCGGUACCGCCCACGGGCUCCCAUCAUCGCUGUGACCCGUAACGACCAGACAGCACGCCAGGCCCACCUUUACCGUGGCAUCUUCCCUGUCCUGUGCAAGGAACCAGCCCAUGACGCGUGGGCGGAGGACGUGGACCUCCGGGUCAACCUGGGCAUGAAUGUCGGCAAAGCCCGCGGGUUCUUCAAGAGUGGUGACCUGGUCAUUGUCCUGACGGGCUGGCGCCCUGGCUCCGGCUACACCAACACCAUGCGCGUGGUGCCCGUUCCCUGAGCGACACCGCGGCCCCUGCACCCCCUCCUGCCCCCUGCCCUUGCCCCUUGUGUUCGACCAGCCAGCGCUUGUGAUGUCCCCCUUGGCCCUAGCGUGGAUGUAGGUUGCUAAACACCACCCAGUGCAGCAGCAGCAGGGGGAAGAGACCUUCAGUCACUAAAAA